AUGCAGCCAGUCAAACGCCGCCGCGGCCGUCCGAAGGGCUCUGGCGUGAAGCCGAAGGUCCCCGGACUGAAGGACGCUGGUUUGAAGGGCCCUGGCGUGAAGGGUCCUGGCUUGAAGAGAGGCCCCAAGCCCAAGGUCCAAAUCAAGGUUGAGGAGAUCCCCGUUGAUGACGAUCAGCAAGUAGCCCACCUCUCUAUGAGGGAGGCUAUUGAGAACCAGCACCCUCACCUAUCUGAGCUGGAGCAUAGAGUCAACGAUCUUGAAGAGACGUGGGAAACGGAGUCCAUCUUUGAGGAUAUUAUUGAUGACCUCGCUGACGAGUCCUGUUUCAAGAAUGAUCCCAACGCCUGCAACCCUAAUGAAGCAGUCAAGUAUCGCCAACUACUGCGCUCCGUCGGACCGGAGGAGUUUUGCAGGCGCACCAUUCUCAGCGGAGACAUCACUGCAAAGAAGAUGAUCACGGCAUUCGGUGUUCGGCCGCCGCCUUUUCUCGAGGGCGCAGAUGAUGAUCAGUACUACGGCCUACUUACCCUGGCCUUGAGUCGCGAGCUGAGUAAACGCGCCAAGCUCAUGAAGUACAACACCGUCAAUGAUGCUGUCUCAUUGAUCCAAAAUGCCAAGAACAUCAUCGUCCUGACCGGAGCGGGCAUCUCAACGUCUCUUGGUAUACCGGAUUUUCGAUCUGCUCAGAAUGGCCUAUACACUCAAUUGGCGAACCUUGACCUGCCCAUCAACGACCCGCAAGAGGUCUUUAACAUUGACAUCUUCCGGGAGGAUCCCACCAUUUUCUACACUGUGGCCAAGGACAUUCUACCUAACACCAAGAAAUUCUCGCCCACGCACGCAUUCAUCGCGAUGCUUCAGCAGAAGGGCAAGCUCUUGACCAACUACUCGCAGAACAUUGAUAAUAUCGAGGCGAACGCGGGUAUCUCGCCCGACAAGCUGAUCCAGUGCCACGGGUCAUUUGCGACCGCCACCUGUCAAAAAUGUGGCCACAAGGUCAUCGGCGAUGCCAUCUUUUCCGACAUCAAGGAAGGAAGGAUCCCCCGCUGUGACAAGUGCAUCUCCACUCUUCGUGCUGCUGGCACCUCCAAGCGCAAGCGAGGUGGUAAGAGGUCCUCGUCGGGCAAGCGGUCGCGGUACAACUCCGACGACACCGAUGACGAUGACAACUUCGACAUCCCCCAAGCCGGUGUGAUGAAGCCCGACAUCACGUUCUUCGGCGAGGCUCUCCCUGACACGUUUCAUGAUCGAUUGGUGAAGCACGACAAGGACCUCGUGGAUUUGGUCAUUGUCAUUGGAACCUCUCUCAAGGUCGCCCCCGUCUCUGAGGUAGUUCCCUACCUACCCCCGCACAUUCCUCAGAUCUACAUAUCGAGGACACCCGUCAGCCAUAUCAACUUUGAUAUUGACCUCCUCGGCGACUGCGAUGUCGUCGUUGCGGAACUCUGUCGACGUGCGGGCUGGGAUCUGAAACACGAGAUGAUCCCCCCGGACCAGAAGGUGCAGACCAUCCCGCAGGAGGGCUACUGGCAUCGACACAACUUCACAACGUACGACGGCUCCCAGAAGAAAGAGCCUGCGCCCAGUCUGCCUAUUAAGAUUGGGGAGUCUGGACUAUUGACGCGCGUGGACUAG